ACACUGACAGAAAGAUAACACAUGCCAACGCACACUGGUUAGACGAGAGCCAUGAUCCUGACAGGUCGCAGUUUGUGUCUUCCUUCUCCAGGCACUGUUCAGGAACUGUUUUCUGUGGCUCGAGAUGCCAGCAUCGUUCCUGAUAUCUCCUUGGACCCGGUCCUCACCACCUUCUUGUCACUGGACUCCUCUGCAGCGCUGCAGCAUCAUCAUGCCUUCGUACAGCGGAGCAUGAGCAGGGAGCAGCGGACUCAAUUCAGCCUGAGCCUGAACAGAGAGCUGGGAGGCAGCAGAAGGAUCACCUAUGGAGGCGUUGGGGUUGUUGCUCUGGCUCUAUCUUUGCUUUUUGACCAGAUUGCUCAACAAGUCCGGACAGAAGGAUCGACCGAGGGGGACCUGUCAACUCAGAGCCCCCUGGCUGAGGAUAUUUUUGGCAUCAGCAUCUCUUCAAGAAUUGGCAGGAUUAUCUAUAGCUACCUAUGCCUGAUCCCUGAGUUUGCUAACAAUGAGGAGAAGAUGGCUGAGACCACAGAGCUCUAUGACAGAUGGCUGAAACUCGAGCUUAUCGACCAUUAUGAGAGGAUGACCAAUAAGAAGAGGAUGAGUACAGUGUCCAUGCGGCAGUGGCUGACAGGAGCUGCAUUUCAUCUGCACAUGAGAAUACACCAGGUGCGGCUGCACUCUGUGCCACUAGGAUCGGCAGAGUCGCUGCGUCUGUCUUAUAAGUCUGGGAUAGGUCUCCUGGUUCAGGGCUACACAGCCUAUCUACGCAGAAACACUAAGGAAACAGCUCCUGGUUCACAAAAACCCACAAUUGGGACCACCAGUUUACCAAGACAAACCAAGACAUCCAAAUCAAUCAAUAAGGCCUGCUCUGGUAAUCACCUUUUUAAUGUUAGCCAAGUAAGUACAAGUAUCUCCACUGAUGGAUUAGAUGAGACGACUGCAACAAAUUCAACUGCUGUUGGAAGCAGAAACUGUGAAACACAUGGAACCACAGAAGAGUUUGGAGUCAGUGUGUCAAAAAGAAGCAAUGAAACCACUGUAAGCAUGGGAAGUAUUAAGACACAUACCAAUGUGACAGAAUAUAACAGGGAGGAGGAAGCCGGCAUGCUGGGCCUGUUAGUCAUUGAGCCAGGAAGGAAUGUGAGUCACAACGUGCAGCAUCACCCCUGUGAGUCUCCUGCCAUACAGCAAGCUUUGGUGACUCGUGUUAUAAAUGCUCAGGACCUGGAGCGGAACAGAAACGUCUUCCUGUUCCCUGAGAAAGUUCUCCGCAGCUUGUGCAGGCAGAGGAAUGACCUUGCGUUCAAAACAAGUUAGACUGGAAUAGUGUGCAGUUAAAGUUCCUCAAGCUAAACAUUGUGCUCUUAGAUGGGACACAAUCAUCUGAUUCAUCUUUUAAAUUAUCAUUCAUAGCCUGCAUAAAAGUGAUUGUGAUAAUUCUUCAACUGAAUAUUGUAUUAUAUAGAGUUAGACAUUAUUACAGGGUUGGACAGCAUUUAUUUUCAAUUUGCAGUUUUAUGGUUUAGUUGAAGUUGAACAUAAAUCACAUAUUCUGUGUUUUCUUUUAAACAAGGGAAAGAAAAACACUACAUACAGAUUGGUUGGUGCAUACGACCUGGCCAAUUAUUCCUUCAAGUUGAAAGGAUUUUGACAAUAUGAAAACAGUGGACUGAUAGUGAUUUCUGCUGGACGAGGUUUGUUUGUUGUUGUCACCAUUUCUUACUUCAUGUGCUUUCAUUCAUUGUAAAUCUUUCCAUACAGUGUGAAAUAUUAUUAAACUAUUUCAACUUAAAA